AUGUCCGGCCAGGGCGGCGAUGCCAUCCUCUUCGAGGAGGCCUUUGUCGUCAACGACUACGACCAAUCCAAGUACGACCGUGUCGCCCGCAUCCAGUGCAAGUCGACCGACGAUCAGACGGCCAUGACGCUCGACAUUAACAUCGAGCUCUUCCCCUGCUCCCCCGGAGAGACGAUGCACGUCGUCCUAGCUACCACGCUCUCCCUCGACGGCUCCCAGGACGACGAUAAGGGUUGGCGCGACGUCGGCAAGGGUGGUGACGCCCCGGCCACCAUUGCCGAUCUUUACGAUUAUGUCUGCUACGGCAAACUCUACAGGUUUGAGGAGACGUAUGAUGGAAGCACAAUAAACGCAUACAUCUCAUUUGGCGGUCUCCUCAUGUCCCUCGAGGGUCCUGUAGGCAAGCUGACGCCCCUGCGGGUGGACAAUCUAUACCUUUUGAUCAAGAAAUGA